GUUGCGCUGUGUAUUGAAUCACCUCCGCAACACAUCAUGCAAACAGUGGGCAGCAAAAUGCCAUCUUCCCCAACACCAUUGCAGUACCUCAGCCUAAUGUUGGUGCCAUGCCUUCUUAUCUUGCAAGAAGCACGGGCGGCGUACCAUGGAGGGAUCUCAACGAGGUCUCAAAGCAUGGCCCUUCUCCACUGGAAAGCCACAAUAGCAAGCCCACCGUUCCAGAUGAGCUCUUGGAAGGAACACACAAGCCCCUGCAACUGGACAGGCAUCAUGUGCACGGCUGUUCACCACGGCCGCCGCAUGCCCUGGGUGGUGACCAACAUCUCCUUGCCGGAUGCCGGCAUCCAUGGCCAGCUUGGUGAGCUCAACUUCUCGGCCCUUCCAUUCCUCACAUAUAUUGACCUAAGUAACAACAGUCUCCACGGUGCACUACCCGUUAGUAUCAGCUCCCUCUCAGCACUUUCGGUUCUUACCUUUCGCGACAACCAGCUCACAGGGAAAAUUCCCUACGAGUUUGGUGGCUUGCAAAGUCUCAAGCUGCUUGUUCUGUCAUUUAACAGACUCACAGGACGUAUCCCUGCGUCUCUAGGCAACCUAACAAUGUUAACUGAUCUUGCCAUUCACCAAAACAUGGUAUCAGGUCCCAUUCCUGAGGAGAUUGGAAGGCUUGUCAACCUACAAAUUCUUCAGCUAAGCAACAACACCUUAAGCGGCAUGAUACCGAAAACCCUUGGAAAUCUGACCCAGCUAAUUGGUUUGUACAUGUUUGGUAAUCAACUUUCAGGGCCUAUACCCCAAGAACUAGGAAGGCUAGUCCAUUUACAAAUUCUUCAGCUUCACUCAAAUGAUAUUUCAGGUCCAAUUCCAAUUUCCAUAACCAAUCUCACUAAGAUGAACCAACUUUUUCUCUUUGAAAAUAAAAUCACAGGUCCAAUACCCCCAGAACUAGGCAACCUCAGUAUGCUACAACAACUUGCUCUCUACACAAAUCAAAUAACAGGUUCAGUACCCCCAGAACUAGGGAACCUCACAAUGCUCAAUGUACUUGUUCUCUAUACAAAUCAAAUCACAGGCCCAAUACCUUUAGAGUUGAGCAUCUUGAUGAAUCUACAGUUUUUAGACUUGUCCAGCAACCAAAUAUCUGGCUCUAUUCCUAACAGCCUAGGAAAUUUAACCAACCUAGAAGUACUAUCCCUCUUUGAAAAUCAGAUAACAGGACCAAUACCUAAAGAAUUGGGCAUCUUGCUGAAUCUUCAAGAGUUAGACUUGUCCGAAAACCAAAUAUCUGGAUCUAUUCCUGGCAGCUUGGGAAAUAUAACCAAGCUAGCAGCACUAUCCCUCUAUGUAAAUCAGAUAACCGGUUCCAUUCCCCAAGAGAUCGGCAAUAUGAUGAACCUUGAAAGUUUAGGCUUGUUUCAGAACCAAAUUUCGGGAUCAAUACCAAGAACUUUUGGGAAGUUGCAAAGCAUCCAAAAAAUGCAAAUCUUCGACAACAAAUUAUCAGGUUCUCUUCCUCGAGAAUUUGGAUAUCUCAUCAGCCUUAUUGAACUUGGGUUGGGUAUCAACUCCCUUUUAGGACCUUUACCCGCAAAUAUAUGUUCAGGUGGUAGACUUCAAUACCUCAGUGUAUCUUCUAAUAUGUUCGAUGGCCCCAUUCCAAGAAGUUUAAAGACAUGUACAAGUUUGGUUCGACUUCGCCUUGAGUCGAACCAACUAACAGGAGAUAUAUCACAAGAUUUUGGUGUGUAUCCACAACUCAUACAAAUGCGAUUAGCGUCAAAUAGACUCUUUGGGCAGAUCUCAACAAAUCUAGGUGCAUGUACGCAACUAAAAGAACUAAAUCUAGCACAAAAUAUGAUCACGGGUUCCAUACCACCAAUCCUUUCUAAACUAUCCAAUCUAGUAGAACUAACACUCGAUUCUAAUCAUCUCAUCGGUGAGAUUCCACCAGAAAUCUGUAGUUUAGCAAAUCUGUAUAAACUCAACCUGUCAUCGAACCAAUUAUCUGGAUCCAUACCUGCACAGAUAGAAAAGCUAAGAAAUCUAGGAUACCUUGAUAUAUCUAGGAAUAGACUGAGCGGAUCAAUACCUGAGGGACUGGGGGCCUGCAUGAAACUAGAGUCCUUGAAGAUUAACAACAACAAAUUCAAUGGGAGUUUGCCUGGUGUGAUUGGAAAUUUAGCAGGCCUGCAGAUCAAGUUAGAUGUGAGCAACAAUAAUCUUGGUGGUGCAUUGCCGCAGCAACUUGGGAAUUUGGAGAUGCUAGAAUUUCUGAAUCUAUCACAUAAUCAGUUUAGUGGCAGCAUUCCGUCCACCUUUGCAAGCAUGGUGAGCCUUUCAACACUUGAUGUGUCCUACAAUGACUUGGAUGGACCAGUUCCAACAACACGGCUACUCCAAAAUGCUUCAGCAAGUUGGUUUCUUCACAAUAAAGGUUUGUGUGGCAACAUCUCUGGCCUCCAACUUUGCGAUUCAACUCCAAUUGCAGCCGAUCACCACAAACGGAAGAUACUUGGUUUGCUUUUGCCAAUUGUUCUUGUGGUGGGUUUUGGCAUUUUUUCUGCAAUUGUUGUCAUAAUAAUGCUGAGUCGUAACAAGAGAAAACCACAAGAAGUUGUUACUACUGAAGGAAGGGACCUAUUCUCUGUUUGGAAUUUCGAUGGAAGAUUAGCAUUUGACGAUAUUGUAAGGGCAACAGAAGACUUUGAUGAUAACUACAUCAUUGGAGCGGGAGGAUACGGAAAUGUCUACAAGGCACAACUCCAAGACGGGCAGCUAGUUGCUGUGAAGAAGCUGCAUCAGACAGAAGAAGAGUUGGACGAUGAAAGAAGGUUUCGCAGUGAAAUGGAAAUCUUAUUACAGAUCCGCCAACGAAGCAUUGUCAAAAUGUAUGGAUUCUGCUCCCAUUCAGCGUAUAAAUUUCUUGUGUACGACUACAUUCAGCAGGGAAGCCUCCACCAGAUGUUGGAAAAUGAGGAGACAGCAAGGGAAUUGGAUUGGCAAAAGAGAAUUGUCGUUGUAAAUGAUGUGGCUCAAGCAAUAUCUUAUUUGCACCACGAAUGCAGUCCACCUAUAAUCCAUCGAGAUAUAACGAGUAACAACAUCUUACUUGAUGCAACCUUCAAGGCUUUCGUCUCAGAUUUCGGCACAGCAAGGAUUCUUAAGCCUGAUUCAUCAAACUGGAGUGCACUAGCGGGGACGUAUGGGUACAUAGCUCCUGAACUCUCGUACACAUCUGUUGUCACGGAGAAAUGUGAUGUCUAUAGCUUUGGUGUGGUUGUGCUAGAGCUACUUAUGGGGAAGCAUCCAAGGGAUCUAUUAGACGGUAGUUUGUCAAAUGGGGAACAAGCUAUGCUGGUGAAAGAUAUUCUGGACCAGCGACCGACAACACCAACAGCAACAGAAGAGAAUAGCUUAGCUCUGCUCAUCAAGCUGGCUUUCUCUUGCUUGGAAUCUUCUCCACAAACAAGACCAACCAUGAGGCAGGCAUACCAGACACUCAUCCAGCGACCCUCUUCUAGUUCCUCUUCCGUGCCUUUCAGUGCACUAACACUACAGCAAGGGAUGCAUGUUGACAUGUGAUCUGAAUUCUGGCGAGAAGCCAGGGACUAUCGUAGCGGAGGCCAACUUAGGUUCCCGCUUUAGACUCGAGUCACUCAUAUGCCACACAUAUUAUUACCUCCUGUAUGACACACGGGAUGAGUUGAUGACUCAUUCUAAGUCUAUGUAUUUGUAGAAAAUCUCCUGAUAUAGGAAAAUACCACGGUGAAAGGACUUCCAGGAAAAUUACCACACGGAGCUAGGUGCAGGAAAAUUACCAACAGCAAGGAAAACUAGUUGAGUCA